UAGCCGGAAGAGAAGCAGCGGUGAGAAAGUGCGGUAGCCAUUUUCUGUCCAACGGUGUUACUUUUACUUUUUUUAAAAAAAGGUAGUGAUCAUCGCAGGGGACGAGCAAGGGGGGCGCAAUUGUUUCUUGCGGAUGGACGUAAAGAUUAUUAAAAAAAACUUAGCGCCGUUGGCAGGAGGCCUAGGUACUCUAACCUCUAGCAACAAGCGUCACAACACAGAUAGGGGUCACAGUAACCCAUAGCAACAGGGGUGACAGUAACCUGUAGCAACUAAUGUCACUUACACACCGAUGGGACAACUGUAAAGUUCUGAAUCUCCUUAGGUUAUUUAAUCAUUUAAAAUAUCAUUUCAGUAGAUUAAUGGUUCUUCACAAAUCCAUGACAUUCUAAUCCUGUCACGAUAUUCUCACGAUGUCCUCGUAUUUGGAGAUGAGGCAUGACUUGUCAUUGAGGUUGUUUUUCCGCAUGGUCCGUCUAUAUAGUCUCCGAUGUGAUCAGUACCUGAGCACAAUAUCAGGCCCACUGAUACGGAAUGUAGUUGCCUCCUCUGGCCUUCAAGGGUUGCACUGACUAGGAAUUCCCACACCACUGAGCAUGUGAUUUGAAGGAGGUGUCGUGAUGAUCUGAUCUUUCUGUACAGGAAGGAAAUUAGACCAGCAUGUCUGAGCUGAGUGAUGACUCAAGUGAGACCGAGCUUCUGAAUCGCAGCUUGUCCAUGUGGCAUGGCUUUGAACAGCUAGUUGGCUGUGAGGACCUGGAUGUCCCUUUAGACCUUCACACGGCAUCAUCGAUUGGACAGUAUGAUGUGGUGAAGGAGUGUAUCCAGAGAGGAAAAGUAAACCCGAAUCAGAAGAACCGGGGAGGCUGGACACCUCUGAUGUACGCGUCAUAUAUUGGUCAUGAUACUGUUGUUCACCUCUUGCUGGAGGCAGGAGUGGAUGUCAACAUGACAACAGAGAGAGGGCAGAGUGCAUUGAUGUUGGCAGCAAGCUGUGGCAAUGAGAGCAUUGCCUACUUCUUGCUUCAGCAAGGGGCUGAACUGGAACUGAAGGAUCACAGAGGCUGGACUGCACUGUUCCAUUGCACGAGCACUGGACACCAGCAAAUGGUGAAGUUCCUUCUGGAUAAUGGGGCUGAUGCAAAUCUAAAAGAGCCUGUGUACGGAUUUACACCUCUGAUGGAAGCUGCUGCCUCUGGUCAUGAGAUCAUAGUCCAAUACCUUUUGAACCAUGAUGUCCAAGUUGAUGUGAAAGAUAAAACUGGGGACACAGCUCGCUCUUUGGCACUCAUGUAUGGGUAUAUGAAGAUUGCCAGUCUCAUUGACCUGCAUACAGCCCCAGUAUCUAAAUCAGUUCGGAGGGACACAGGAAUGGACGAAGAUUUCAGCUCCUCUGAUGAAUCCUGUUCAUUCCAACGACAUCACCCACACAGUUGUCAUUCUAAUUCUCGAAGAAACAAGGGGCCUAGUAUUCAUGAUGGACCACAGGCACUAGCACACAUCACAGGCCAUCGAACCAGGGGAUGGCCACAGCAAUAUGAAUCUCUCCCACCACAAGGGUAUGUCACAUUCAAGAAUAACCAGGAUGAAGAUGAAGAGGAUAUCCGGAACCGUGAUGUCACCUCUCCGAUUAACGAGCAGGACGUAGAGAGCAACAGCAGUAGAGAGGAAAAUCCUUUCUGUAUCACUGAUACUGUGACCACUCGCAAGAGCAGCGACAGCAGUAGUGAAGGGCUGGCAAAGGCUUUGGGUGUUAGCCGUGAGGGAUCCCUGGAGAGUAAUGAGGACUUGCCAGAGUUUCUAGAACAGAUUGGUUGCUUGAAGUAUUUGCACAUCCUCGAGGAGCAGGACGUGGAUUUGCGAAUAUUCCUCACUCUGACAGAAGCUGAUCUGAAAGAAGUAGGCAUUACGUUGUUUGGACCUAAGAGGAAGAUGACAGCUGCAAUUGCCCGCUGGCACAGUAACGCCCUGCCUCUGAGUAACACCUUAGAACAGGUCUAUGCUGACCGUCUGGAGACAGAAAUGCAGGAAAUGGCCAUUCAACUUCAUAAGAAGUGUGAGGAAGUGGAAUUGCUGAAAGGACGAGUGUCACAGGAGCAGGAGCUGAGAGCAGUGGUUGAAGGAUUUUUAAUGGAGGAUAAAAUUGUCUGGAAACAACAACAGAAACAGAUUGAAGAUACACAGAGGGUCUGUCGAGAAUUAGAAAUUGCUCUUGAGCAAAUCGAGGCUUGCCAGUGUGAACUAUCAGCCCGAUUUAAAGAUGGAAUAGGACAGAGGAGGAAAGCAGAGCUGAGGAAAAAACCAAGCAACACAAAGGAAGGCCUUGCUAACUGGAAAUCUGUUCUCGGAUCCCUGAGUAUAUCGGAAUUGAGUGCUACUCUUAAAGAAUGUACAGGAGAAAUGGGUAAAACUAUACAAAUAGUUGAACAGAAUCUGGAAAACCUGAUAAAUUCAGACAAAAGGAACCCAGAGUGGAGACACAAUGCUGAUAUCUGACAUGGACUCGGCAAUGUCAAAUGUCUGAAGGAUUCGUGGAAUCCAGUAUUAGCUAACUGGACGGAGGGUGAAAGUGCCACCCGAAGAAAAGCAGCCUUUCUCUGUUAGUUUCUAGGCCUCAGGCCUCUACAAGACCUAGGCUGACUCGGAUGAAGAGUGGGAACAACAAACAGCCCAGCCCUGUACAGGCCCUAGUGAUGUGCAGAACCUGAGCAGUUCUUUUGAAGUAGUCGUGAGAUAAGGAGAUGUUUGGGCUCAGCAUUGAGUGGCCAAUCACCUUCCUAAUGAGAUGUGCCUCUCUUGUUGACUGGAUCCUGGAGGUGAUGCUUGUUUGCCCAUUAUGUCACUCUUUAGUGACUCAUUUCAAUGUUAUUUCCCUUCAACAUCUGUUCGGCUAAACAAAUGCAUUAUGAUCCUCUGAAAACUGAUUACUCCAGCAAUAUGGCAGCCAAUUUAGACACAGGUCCUUUCUUCAUAGCCUUAAUGAAAUUGAAAAUGUUUUAAUCAAAAGUUGCAGUGGUGAUGUGGAAUAUGUGUGGAAAACUCAAAACUAUUUGGCCAGCAGUGCACAGUAACAUGAAACCAUAGUUCACUUAUCAAAUAGUUGAACAGAAUUGGGAAUUUGAAGGCUAUAAUUUAACAUUCAGCAGAGAUCAAUGCCUGAAUAGGAACAUACGAAGAUCAGGUCCUGGGCUAAUGAACUGUGACCCAUUAUAGAGCUUAGGCCUUUGGCUGAUGAACUGUGAGCUUAUGAGGAGCAGGGUAUGGAUUGAUGAGAGUACGUAUCCUAUACUGUAUAGAAAAAACUUGUCCAAAGAAUAAACCAGAGUGUCUACGUGAGUGUGACAACUGAGGCAUGACAUGAAUAUAAUCACAGAUUGCUGGUGUGUGUCAAAACCUGUAUUAACUGGAAUGUGCUUACAUCAUCUACUUUUUCCAGACCUUCAUUUGAAGCUUCUGUCUCAUAUGGAAAUAUAUUGAGUUAAUCCAACUCGAACUUGAUUAAAGAGAAUGAGUGUUUGGAAUUUAUACCUGUAUGUAGUAGACUGAUUCAGAGUAGAAUUAUACAAAUUUGCAGCGUAGAAGAACAGCCAUGGUUUUUAUGGGAGAACAUCCAACAUAAUCUCACAAUCCAAGCCUGUAGGCUAGACUGUUUCAAUACCUAAACAAGCAUGUCUUACAUGUUAUGAGGCUUUCUACAUUUGCCACCCUUCCAGCUAGUGAUUUCCUGACUCCUAGCCAUCUCUGGGUGAGAACAAUUAUCGUCAACUCUUGUCUAAUACUUCUACCAAUUAUUUUUAGAUCUAUGACUUAGGGAAAUAUGUUCUGUCUGUCAGGUCUUUCUAAGUCCUUUGUAAUUUCAUACCAUUAUACUCCAUUAUUCCAAAACAAAUAACCUAGCCUACCUUCCCUCAUUUUUCUAUUGGCAACAUCCUCGUAAAUCUCCGAUGUACCCUAUCUAAUGCAAUCAAUCCU